AUGUUAGCAUUGGCACCUCCCGAGCAGCCUGUGUCGCUAUAUCCUGGGGGGAUCUGGGGCAGCCACAUCCUCACGACAUAUAUUUGUCAGAAUAAAUCGCUCUCCCCGACGUGUUAUGGGCAGCAGGCGGGCCUGUUCAACCCUGAUAAAUUCUCUAAAUUCAACAACCACUCGAUCGCACUCUACGAGAGCGGAGAGAUCACCACCGGCGUCCAUGCCAUUCCGCAAUACGGCUUUAUGAAGAAUGCCAUGGAUAAUAUGGAUAUAGGCGGAGUUAUUAUUCCCAAUGUCACCAUCAUGACGGUCACCAACACCUCCCAGACAUACCCUAGAGGUCAAAGUUAUCCGGUUGAGGUGGGAAUCUUGUCCCCUAGGCGCUCCUCGUUACAACACAUCCUACACCGAAAACGACGGCCGCCCGCCGCUGAACACGACUUUUAUCAACAGCUACCUAUAUACGAACGGAGGCGGCAAGGCUAUUCCGUCGUACUCGUACGGAUUGCACAUUGGAUCGGCCGCCUUGAACAUCCCCGGUUCUCUCUUCUUGGGCGGAUACGACCAGUCGCGUGCGCUGGAGCCAGUGUCGGCCCAACCCUAUACCUCGGCAGAACCUGGAGGGUCGUUUGCGAUCGAGCUUCUCGAUAUCGAAAUCGGAGUCGCCACCGGAGGAUCUCCGUGGAACUUCACGAACAAAACGGGCCUGCUGAUCCAGGGAGAUUCCCCCUCCCUCAAGUCCGCAGACAUUACCCGUGA